AUGUUCACUCCACCAUCAAACAACUCAGAUUUGCUAUAUUCUCCAACGUCAAAAGAACUCAACACUGGUACAGCGUAUACGACAAUGGAUGAAGGCCUCUCACCAAACUCUCACGAGCGUGCAUUUAGUAAAUUUGAGAAGAUGCUUCGCAAAGAUUCAAUGGCAGAUCUAGUUCGCGGGUUGCUACAAGGCGCGAGAUCCAAUGCAGCCACAAAAUCGGUAGCAAUUUAUAUCAGCAGCGUCAACGACAGCGCCUUAUCACUUGGUAAUAAUGCUUUUAACGAAGUUAAAGACGAUUUGUGGAUCGUGCAAGAAGAACAUGAACGACAAAUGGAGUGUACUUAUCGUUGUUUAGCUGACGAAAUGAGCAUCUGA